AAGUCUCAAAUAAGAUCUGUGUUUUGUGGAUAACAGCUGGGUUUUCUAGGUUUUCCUAAAAUCUCAAUUCCGUUUUCACUCUCACUUCUUCUCCUUCUUCCCGCUAAACCCUUCACAACAGUACACCUACUCUUCCCAACUUCACCGCCAGAUCUUCGUCCCCAAAAAGUGACAUUCAUUUUGAUACGCACACCAUUGAAAUGAGGUAGAGAGUUGUAAUUGUUUUCCAUGUUCAGUUUAGAACCUUGGUUUUCGUUUUAAUUGCAUUUAGAAUGGGGAAGAUGAGCAGAUCAUCUAGUCGGCGGCACAAAAAGGAAGGGCGUGACUGUGAGGAAGGAAGUUCUGCUAGGACAAGGCCUUUAAGCUAUGAAGAUAUUAUGCUUAGGAGGAAGGAUACGAAGUUGUGUGAUAAUGUCGUGACUGAAGCGGUUGAUUUAGGGAAUGUAACGGGGGGAGGUACUGUAGAAAAUGUUUCCGAGACUUUUGGACCCGAAAAGGGUGAGAGACGGGAUAAUGAGUUGGCUUCUGUUGUUGAAGAGCAUUUGUCGGGGGAGCCAGUGAAAGAAAGCUCUGGGAAGAAAGAAACGUAUAGUUCUAAGAGUCCUAAGAUGGAAGAGGAUGUUGUUAAAGGGAGAGUUAGAAGAAGGAAUGAGUGGGAAGGGUCUAAGGAUACGGCAAAACGAGAUCCUAGAAGUGAAGCUAGAGGAGAUAAAAAUGACAGAAGAGUACAUGGUAGGAGGAAUAUUGAUAAGGACUCAAUUGAUGAGUCUGUGAAGAAGCAGUCACGAGAUUAUUCAACAAGAAAAGAAAGGCAUUUGGACCGAAGUAGAGGGGAACAUGAAAGAGAAACCAAGAGGAAAUACCAACGUGAACGUGACGAGAAAAUCAGAGACAGAUAUGCUGCAAAGAAACAUGAUCCAGGAAACCUUCACGCUUUAGAAAUUUCAGAGAGAAAGGAGAGGAAGGAAUCUUCAAAAUCGCUCUUCGAAGAAUCAAGACACAAAAGGGGAAGAUCGAGGAGUAGAGACCGUGGGAAUAGACAUAGGUUAAGUUCUCUCUCACCAAGGGCACAUAAACAUGCAUUAAGUAGUUUGGGGCGUCACGGCGAUAUAUCAUCUCAUUCACUCAAAGAUAGGUCUGGAAGACAGCAUAUGGAUAUUGAUAGGAGCAGAGUGUCUACUAAUGGCUCAAGCAGCGAAUAUCAGCGACAUGGUGAGUCUGCAAAUAGGCUUGGUGGCUAUUCCCCUAGGAAGAGAAGGACUGAGUCUGCUAUUAAGACCCCAUCCCCUCCCAAUUGUUCACCUGAAAAGAAAAAGGCUAGAUGGGAUCCCCCCCUUGCAUCCACUGGCAAGGCAUUAUCUAGUUCUGUUGCUUCUCAUUUUCAGUCAUCAAACAGUAAUGUAUUGUCAAAUGUACAUGGGAUGGCCAUUUCUGUUGAUGUUGCCCCAACCACCACAACACCUAUUUCUGGAGUUUCUCCCAAUUCCAUAUUGAAUAAGAAGAAUGCUUCCAUUGACUCUGUGCAAUUGACACAGGCUACCCGGCGUCUGAGGAGGCUUCAUGUUGAGAAUAUUCCAUCUACAACCUCUGAAAACACUUUGGUUGACUCUCUUAAUAAUUUUUUGCUGUCUGCGGGCUUAAAUCAGAUUCCAGGAACACGACCAUGCAUCAGUUGUGUGAUUAACAAAGAGAAGAGGCAAGCUCUUGUGGAGUUUCUUACACCUGAAGACGCUGUGGCUGCUCUCUCAUUUGAUGGCAGUUCAUUCGUUGGUUCUAAUCUCAAAAUUAGGCGCCCUAAGGACUUUGUUGAUGUUGCUACUGGUGACCCUGAGAAAUCGGUGGCUGCAGCUGACAGUGUCGAGACAAUAAGUGAUGUUGUGAAUGAUUCUCCUAACAAGAUAUUUAUUGGUGGGAUAUCAAAGGCUCUUUCCUCAGAAAUGCUUCUGGAAAUCGUCGGUGUCUUUGGACCUUUGAAGGCAUACCAUUUUGAGGCUAGUGAGGAACUUAAUGAACCAUGUGCUUUUCUAGAGUAUGUCGACCAGUCAGUUACUCACGUAGCCUGUGCGGGUCUGAAUGGUAUAAAAUUGGGAGGGAGAGUGCUAACGGUGGUUCAGGCAAUUCAUAGUGGAUCAUCCUUGGUAAAUAGAGGAAAUGUAUCACUGUAUGAGAUCCCAGAAAAUGCAAAGCCACUUCUCAAACAACCAUCACAUAUACUAAAGCUUAGAAAUGUGUUCAAUCUGGAGCACAUGUCAUCACUGUCUGAACAAGAGAUUGAAGAAGUUCUGGAAGAUGUGCGAUUAGAAUGUGCCAGGUUUGGCAUGGUUAAAUCUGUAAAGAUCGUCAAGCAUGUGAACAAUCACAUAGUUACUACUGGAGUGUGUGAAGCUGUCAAUGAUGCAGAAUCUGGUGACUGUCAAAAUAUAGGUUCUGAAGAAAAAGGAGGAAAAACAGAGAGUUGGGAUGAACAUACUGAUAAUGGCAGCAAUGAAGCUAGUGGAGUGAAGCUUACUGGCGAAUUUGAAGAAGUUGAAAUCCCAGAAAAUAUUCCCUUUGGUUAUGAUAAACGCACAGAUGGUUGUGUAGAGGACAAGUCAUGUCAAAUGGGCCAAAUAGAUCAGGAUAAUGGAAUCCAAUUAAGCAAUGAUUUACCGAUUAGGGAUUCCGAAGAACUCACCAGCCAGCCAAAUAGCAUGAAAGUUGCAUCAGAGUGUUCUGAUGAUAAAAAGUCUGAAGUUACAUUAGUAGAGAGUUCUAUUCUAGAGAAGGUUGAUGGUAAGAAACAAGAGACUUUUGCAGCAUCAGAUGACAUUGCAAGCACAGAGACAGAUUCUACUCUACUGAGUGAAACCAAGGAGCAGCAUAUUGGGAAGGAGAAGGAUCUUGAUUCUGGAAGCAUAUUUGAGCCUAGUUGUGUCUUUGUGGAGUUUGGCAGAACAGAAGCCUCUUGGAUGGCAGCACAUUGUUUGCAUGGACGGCUUUUUGAGGAUCGGAUUGUGACAGUGGAGUAUAUUGCCUCUGAUCAUUACAGGGCUCACUUUUCGAACUGAGCAUGUAAGGUUGCAUUAAAGCUUGACAUACAGUGGAGAAGUCGGUGAUCCAUUUUGGCUGGUUACUAUGAAAGUGUCUUAUAAAUUUAGUUGGAAAUAUCAAAAUUAAUGUUGGAUCAUGCAUAUCUUCAGUGAAAUAUUCACUUUGAUUUAAUCUAAUGCAGACUCAGUGUGUACU